UUUCCCGCCGACCUGUUCGUGUUCAUUUCCAGCCGGACACAUAUUUUGGUUACACCGGUUUGUCCGCGCUAAUCAGCAGCCGGCAUGCUAGCAGCAGAAUGCUAAGAGGCUAACCCGGGAGCACAACUCGGGACGUCUGCUCGCUCCCCGGUGGUCGUCCGCGGAAGCCGGCGGCAUGGAGGCCGACUUUCGGCCUCCCCGGCGCCGCUGCCGGGUGUACGAAGAGUACGCGGGGCCGCUCCCCGCGAGCCGAAGUUCGCCGCAGAGGAGACCGACGACGAGCUGCUUCCGGGCGGACCUCGUCAACCGACACGUGCUGGUCACGGAGCCCGAGCACGUCAGCGAGAUUCACAAGCGGGGAUAUUUCGGGAAAGGCGUCCUGUCCAGAGCCCGACCGGAGCGCGGCCUCGCCGACCGAUGGCAGCAACACGAAGGCUUCCUACUUCCUGUCAUCACACAGGCCAGGUACGAGGAGCUGCUCGGGCGGGCGGAGUCGGCGCUCCUGGCUCAGGGGUUGGCUCAAGAGGCCGUCAAUCAAAGGCUGCUCCGACUGCGUCAGCCGGUCCACCCGGACGAGCUGAGGCGCGAAGCCGAGGACGAGGACGUUGACGAGGCGGAGGGCGGCGACGGGGACGCUCGAGCGCACCCCUGCGCUAACUUCAGUCUUGACCCCGAGCCCGAACUGAGUCCGAGUCCAGUUUGUGAGCUCAGUUCCGGCCCGAGCCCCGACGCCGCCCCUGACCGAGGAUCUGCCUCGGAUUCUGACGCCGACCCGGAUGACGGUUCUUUAGUUCCGGGUCCCGGUUUCGUCUUAGUGGCCUCCGACGCCGACCGCGUCGCCGUGGAGGUGCGGCAGCUCAGACGGAAUCCUUUACGGCUGAGCGAAUAUCUACAACUGGGCCUGGAGGAGGCCUUCUUCCUGGUCUACAGCCUGGGCUGCCUGUCCGUCCACCUGGAGCAGGAGCCCCUGUCGAUCGCGCAGCUUUGGCGGCGGUUCGUCUCGCUGCGCCCCGACUUCGUCAGCGCUUACGCGGCGUACCACCACUUCCGCAGCCGGGGGUGGGUCCCCAAAGGAGGAAGCGGCGCCAAGUACGGCGUGGACAUGCUGCUGUACAGGAAAGGUCCUCCUUUCUACCACGCCAGUUAUUCCGUGGUGGUGGAAAAGGCGGACGAGCGUUUUGCCGGCUCUACGCUGCGUCCGUUUUCCUGGCGUUCUCUGGCAACUUUGAGCAGAAUCACCGCCAACGUCUCCAAGGAGCUGCUGCUGUGUUACGUCAUCCGUCCGGCCGACCUGUCGGAGGCCGAGCUGGACUCGCCCGCGUGUCUGAGCAAGCUGAAAGUUCAGGUGGUCCUGGUCAGCAGGUGGGUUUCCUCCAGAGAACGUGCCGAGCAAGAAGACAUCUGAUUGGCUGACAGCGGAGGGGACGUGUCCGCAGAGGAGUGGAACGUGUGGACGUGACGUUAGGAUGAUGAUGAUAAACAUUUCAAUCCAAAAAAUAAAAAUAGUAAUCUCAAUAAAACCAAUAUAUAUCAUCAUAGAUGUCAACAGGCUCCAUUGCGAGAAGCCUUUUUGCAAAGAGAGGUUUUUAACGAGGUGGCUGGGGGCGGAGUUCCAAGUCUGAAGGUUUGGGGGGCACCCGAUCGUGCCGACAGCAACUUUUUGGUUUGAUUUUCUCCACUAAAUAAAAGUUUCUUGAUAAAUAUCCAAGCGAUCGUGUGAAACUUGAGCAAUGCGGACUCAAAUAUGGAGGUUGAACCUCCUCCUCCAAACAAGCGCAAGAAGUCAUUUUCUUCCUCUUUCUCAAUACAUGAACGCAGUUUGAACACAAGCGCUGAAAACGUGCAAAGACCGAGUGCUGAAUUGUUGAGGUAAAGCCUUGACUUUUUAUUCCCUCCCACUUCUCAGGGACAGUUAAGGUGGCGUAAUGCCCUCGCACGUGGGCAAAAUAUAUAUGUGGUUAUUUAAAUUGAAAUAGUAAUUGACUUGAAAUGAAUUUAAAUAUUAACCAUUUCCUUUUUCGUGGUCAAAAAUAAAUGUGCAGAAAUGUAACAAGUCAAAAUCAGUAGGAACAAGGUGGAUGUCACUCAAUGGGAAUAUCGUUGUUCUCCAGAUGUGAUUUAUUAGUGGGAAUGUGCAAACGGGACAUCGCCUGGAGCCUCACACAGUUCACCGCCAAAUUGCACAGGAAGACAUCUCAUCUCUAGCCAUAGACCGACAUCAGGGCUGGUAGCCAUCAUUAGUCUUCAAGGAGGCCGACAUUGGCGCCAAAAUGUUGACUACAAACUCCAACGCUUGAUUUCCUUUCAAUGCCUCGAAGCCCAUCUCAUCACCUGUCAUCGUUCGGACGGCGAUUGGCUCAAACUGGCAGGCCGAGGACCAACGCGGUCUGUCUGCGAGAAACAACCGAUCACCCAAUCGCGGGGCACGAUGGCUAGACACAACCAAUCACACGCACUCGCACCUGUGGACAAGUUCUUCCUUGGGGUUUUUUCUUUUUCUUUUUGCUGAAGUCCACCUUGAAAAGUGAAAAAGGAGUUUUAGAUUUGCUGCAACCUGUCGCAGGAAGAGUUGCGCCUUCGGGAUCGGGUCUCUUCAACAAAUCUUUCAAAGUCAGUUGAAGGGACAAUGACCACGUGAAUCUUUUUGACAUUUUGCUUGGAACAAAACUUUAAAAGAAUCUAAAUGUGAGUGUGACACACUUGCGUGGGUGUCAAAAGACAAAAAGUGUGACUGAAAAGAGGAAAUGAACGUGUUUGCCCUUUUGGCCAUCUGUGGUGGCCACAUUUUUGGGCCCCGUGCUGAAAGCGGGCCGCCCUGUUGACUUUCUGCGCGUGAUUCGGCCUACCGCACGACCUAAACACCGAGCACGCUUAUCCCACGCAGUGGCCAUUUGGCGGAAUCGCCACUUCCUUGUUCAUAAGAACUUGGUCCAGUUCUACCACUGUAGCGUGCGGUUAGCCAUCAAACUAAGCCUACAAGUGGAAAAAUACAUCUUCCCCGAAGUGUCGUGUUUGGUUUUAUUUGGGCUCCAGUUCAGUAGCGAGGCAGCGACGAAACGGACCGGAUCCGGUGCCGGCCCGCCGGAGGCUCCGUCCGGCACGACGACGUUAGGGCCGUCAGCCUCACAAUUGCUGACCGUGACGUCGCGGAAGAGCAGGGGAAAAAACUAUCCGGCAGGAACGUGCUUCACCGUGCUGCUGUGGCCGCUUAUUAUCGCUAUUACCGAGUGCUAGAGGACUCUGCAUCUUUUUGCACAACUGUCCCCCAAAAAACGGCAUUACCAGCUAACCCGCAACCCUUUACUGCUCAGUGACUGUUUUUUUUUGUCAAUGUCUUUCUGUCUCCAAAGUGUUCUGUCAAUUGACUGUCUGUUGUCGUACUCGAGCGGCUCCAACUACCGGAGACAAAUUCCUUGUUUGUUUUUGGACAUACUUGGCAAAUAAAGAUGAUUCUGAUUCUGA